AUGACGCAAUUAGAUGCAUUAGAAAAAAUUAAUCCGAAUAAAUCUACUUCUGGAAAAUCAAUUUCAAAUCCAACAUACGAAGGAAAAUAUUUUCCUGGUAAACCUGGAGAAUUUCAUAAAUCAAAUGAAAAUACAUUAUUUUCAAAUUUCAAAGAAGCAGAACAAUUACUAUCAAAUGAAAAUUUUGAAUCGCAGUUUCCCUAUAUAACAGCAUGUAAAAAUUUUAAUGAUAUCUUGAGCAUUGGAACUAAUUGCGAUAAAGAAAAUUUUGUAUCUUCUCCAGCUUUUUUAAAAUUUUGUACAGAGUUAGAAAAAAAUCUACAAAAAUUUACAAAUAAACAUUAUCUCAUUAUUUUAAAUAUGCUCAAUGCGUUCAACGUUCCGGAAAAUAGUAAAUUAUAUGUAAAAGUAUUAAAAAUACUCGGCGACAAUUUCAAUUUACUCGAUUCUUUAGAAGUAUUAAUUUUGUAUAAGGAAAUAGGAAAUUUAAAUAAAAAUAAAGAAGCACAAGUUUUAAAAUCGGCUUGUUUGGAAUUUAUGACUCAUUGUUUUGAUAGUAAAAUGAGUUUAAAUGUUAGUUUGAACACUUUGAUCUCAUUCGUCGUUCAUCCAAUUUAUCCCGAUUUUUUAAAAGAAAAUUUAGUUUUAAAAGCACUCAAUAUUUACAAUAGAUGGAAAAUUAUUUUUCUUUAUCAAUGUACAUCAUUAUUAUGUCCAGACUAUAAAGGAUUAGAAAAAUUUACAGAUACAUUUAUAAAUAAUUUGACAGAAAAUGUUUUUUCAACUGUUGAUUCUUAUAAAUGGAUGAACGUUGUACAACCGAGUUUUGGUGGCGAAGAUUAUGUUUUAAAACAUUGCAUAACAUCAUUUCAACAUUCGAUAUCGUACGUUAUAGUUUUAGAUGAAAAUAAUAGACCGAUUAAUUUAUCAAAUUAUAAAAAUUUGACUGAAAAUAGAUAUACGUUUAAAGUUGAAGAUAUUAAAUUACAACCGAAUCAUAAAAUGAUAUUGAUUUUGGAACAUAAACCUUGGUUGAAUUUACAUUAUGCAAAUGUUUCAAUGAUAACUGGAAUCGGUGAAUUAUAUUUUAAAACAUUAGAAGGAUUCGGUUAUAAUUUUAUAUAUUUACCAUCGGAUAAAAUCGAUACUAUCGCAGAGUCCGAAAUAAAACCAUAUUUCGAAUCACUUUUCGAAAAAAAAUUUGGAAAAUUAAAUAAUACUUUAACAAAUUCAGAUAACUUACCGGGAGCAUUAAUUGUAUUUGAAGGAUGUGAUAGAGCUGGAAAAACAACUCAGUGUAAAAAAUUAGUUGAAAAACUUAACGAAUUAGGAAUCAAAUCACAAUUCAUGCAAUUUCCUGAAGAUUUAAAUGAUCAAACGGUUCAUCUUUUGUUUUCAGCUAACAGAUGGGAAAAUCAGCCCAAAAUGGUAAAACUACUUCACGAGGAAGUUACAUUAAUUGUCGAUAGAUAUUCAUUUUCUGGUGUUGCUUACUCGGCAGCCAAACCUGGAAUGGAUUUCAAAUGGUGUUAUAAACCUGAAAUCGGUCUACCUAAACCUGAUUUAGUAUUUUUAUUAUAUGUUCCUGUUAAUGUAUUAAAAAAAAGAAUAGGAUUUGGCGAAGAAAGAUAUGAAAAUAAUGAUUUUCAACAAUCUGUUUUUGAUAAUUACAUUAAAAUGAAAGAUGAUACAUGGCAUUUAAUCGAUGCUAGUAAAAAUAUAAAUGAAAUCCAUGAAGAUAUUUUAAAACAAACGCAACGAAUAAUACACGAAGUCAAAAAUUCUGAAAUUAAAAAAUUUAAUUAA